UUGGUCCAAGAGAGAAGCCAUGAACGCGCGCCGCAAGGUGAGUUCCGCCGCGAUCUUCCUCAAGAAGACGUACGACAUGAUCGAUACCGCGCCAUCGUCGGUGGCCGGCUGGAGCGACGACGGCGGAUCGUUUAUCGUGCGCGAGCCCAAGGAGUUUGCCGCGUACAUGCUGCCCAAGUACUUCAAACAUAGCAACUUUAGCAGCUUUGUGAGGCAGCUCAACUUUUAUGGGUUCCGCAAGACAAAGAAGGAGGUGCUGCUGGUUGCAUUGGAGACGGAUGACCUCAAGAACUCGUGGGAGUUUCACCACGAACUGUUCCACCAGCACAAGCCCCAUCUCAUGGCCAAGAUCAAGCGCAAGACCAACUACACUGAGCAGUUCUCGGACGCGACGUCCACCGGCGACGACAUCGACGACCUCCGGAACGACGUCACAGAGAUCAAAACCCACCUGACCAACCUCACCGACCAGAUCGCGAGCUUAUCGCGGCUCGUGCACAGCGUGUGCCACGACUCGUUGAAGCGGAGUCGAGACGACGAAGAACCAUCGUUCGUGGCUGAGAAACCACCCCCCCAACAACGCCGGGUCAUGUACGAGCAGCAGCAGUUCGUAGACAACUUGCAGUACGUGGACGUGAUUCCGUUCGACAUGCUCGCCGCGCCUGGAGCCCACACGUACGCGACGGCGUCCGACAUGCAGUUGCGCCAGACGUUGCUCGAUGCGUUUGCUUACCCAAAGCCCACCUCCGACGACGACGACCAGUACAGAAUUGCCCUGUAGCAGCAUCCCAUCACAUUUCCAAAAGCUAAUUUAUCGAGUAGUUCUGCAAUA